UCCACCCACAGGCCUCGUUUCCUGGGCGAUACUGCAUUAGUAUGGAGCUCACAGGAGAGUGGGCUAGGUGAUUAGCCGAGGGUAAAGUGUCAUUCACGUCACGCCUAGCUAGCGAUAUUAUUGUGACUUAUGUCUGUGUUUGUUCGUCGGGAUGAAACGAGGCAUCGAAUUUAUUGACCUGGAAUAUUGGAUCCCGGUCUGUGGAUAAAUCAUUCAUCAGUACAGUCAUGGCCGGACUGAUCAAGAAGCAGAUCCUCAAGCAUCUUUCCAGGUUUGCUAAGAACCUAUCCCCAGAUAAGAUCAACCUGAGCACGUUGAAGGGGGAGGGUCAGCUGACCAAUCUGGAGCUGGAUGAGGAGGUGCUGCAGAACAUGCUGGAUCUGCCCACGUGGCUGGCCAUCAACAAGGUCUUCUGCAACAAGGCCACGAUCCGGAUCCCAUGGACCAAGCUGAAAACACAUCCUAUAGCCCUGUCACUGGACAAAGUUGUGAUGGAAAUGAGCACCUGUGAUGAGCCACGCCCACCUAAUGGACCCUCUCCUAUUGCAACAGCCUCAGGUCAAAGUGAGUAUGGUUUUGCCGAGAAGGUAGUUGAGGGCAUUUCUCUUUCUGUGAAUUCCAUCGUUAUCCGGAUCAGUGCCAAGGCCUUCAAUGCAUCGUUCGAGCUCUCGCAGCUGCAGGUCUACAGCGUAAACACCAGCUGGGUGACCGGCGACCUGCGCUACACGCGCAUCCAGGACCCUGCCCGUGGAGAGAUCCUGACCUUUAAGGAGGUUAGCUGGCAGAUGAUCCGGAUCGAGGCUGAUGCCAUCCAGAGCUCUGAACACGAGGUGCUCAGCGCCCCUAUCCGUCUCAUCACCAAUCAGUCUAAGAUCAGAGUCACGCUUAAGAGGAGGAUGAAGGACUGCCACGUUGUGGCGUCUAAACUGAUCCUGAUCCUGGACGACCUGCUGUGGGUGCUGACGGAUUCGCAGCUCAAAGCCAUGGUGCAGUACGCCAAGUCUCUGAGCGAGGCCAUGGAGAAGUCAGCACUGCAGAGGAAGAGCAUGGCUCCGGACUCUUCUCAGGCAACCACAGCCCCCAUCUCUGCACAGCAGGUACACACACAGCAGGCCUCAGCCGCAACGGACCCAAGUGCCUCUAUGGCUCAACUCUUCAAUGCCUUCAAUGUGUGUGAAACCUCCCACCACCUGCAGAUUACACACCUCGACUUGCACAUCUGUGACGACAUCCACGCCAAGGACAGAGGGAUCGGUAAGAGGAUUCAAGGCGGGGCCAUGCAGCUCUCGUUCAGUUCCAUCACCGUAGACUACUAUCCGUUCCACAGAGCAGGCGAGACCUGUCAGCACUGGAUGCACUACAGUGACGCCACAAAGACCCGUGAAGGCUGGGUUCAUUCACUGUUAGAAGAAUAUAGAUCUAACAUGGAAAUGCUGAAAAACGUCAUCAGCGGACAAUCGCAGUGCUCCCCUCAACAUGGCAAAAUCUCUACCAGCACUAGUACUUCCUUCUCCCAACCACCCAACCCCAAGGCUCAGCUCAUGUCUAGCUCCAUCGUACUGCGCCUGGCUGACUUCAGUAUUUACCAGGUGUCAACAGCGGAUCAGCGGCGCUCCUCUCCUAAGGCUAUGAUAUCCUGUAAUAAAAAGACCCUGUACCUGCCACAGGAGAUGCCUGCUAUCCAUCUGGAAUUCACAGAAUAUUACUUCCCUGAUGGAAAGGACUACCCCAUUCCCUGCCCUAACCUAUAUGUGCAGCUGAAUGCCCUGCAACUAGUCGUGGAUGCACAAAGCCUGGUGUGGCUCAACCUGUUUGCUCUGGAUUUGCGCCACAGCCUGGUCCAGUUCAUGGAGCUCUAUAAGCUCAAUGACUCCCAAAAACCCGAUGAGCACAUUGACAUCCGAGUAGACGGUCUCAUGCUAAAGUUGGUGAUUCCUGGUGACCAGAAUCAGUUAGAGCCAGACCAGCCCUGCUCCAUUUCGGUGCAGACAUCUGAAAUGGUGGCCACGAACACACGACACUCGCCUGGCUGCUCCCGCUCUGACCUUGAGGCUCUGCUGCAGGCUUUCCGAGAGCAGGCCUUCUUCACCUCCUCCACGUCCUCCUCAUUUCCUGUGCUUCACCCAGUCUUCCAACGGCAUGCACAUGAAAGAGACACAUGCCUGCAUGAUGUUUACCGUGGUCUGGCACCUCCUGCCCUGAGCACUGAUGCCCUCAGGACACCAUCAGCCACCGAUCUGUGGGCCCUACGCUUCACCCAAUUCUGGGUGGACUACGAGGGUCCCCGAAGCCACCGGCCCACGCCGUGUGUUGAUUCCUUCCCGCUCACCCUGUGGCUGUGCCAGCCUGCCCGCUAUCUUCAGCACCAGCAGAGACCAAAGGCAGCAGCAGGCACAGGGACAGUGCCAGUGCCAACUGAUGUCAGUGGUCGACUGCAAAGGAAAAAACUGUUGAAGGAGUAUUAUAGCACCGAGAUGCUGGGUAACCAACCAACCAAUGGCCUGCACAAGCCUUUCUCUCUGGAUGGACUGAAUGCUGCUGACUCUUCCUCUGUCGCCUCUUCCUCUUCUUCAUCCACUGGAGAUGCGGACAUGCAGGUGUUGGUACAUGUACAGAAGCUGCUGAGUGUGCAAGCUAGCCAUAGCCAAUAUGUGUUUCUGCUUAAACUGCAGCAAACGCUGAAUUCCCUGCAGCGCAAACUGCAACAGGACCUGCAGCAGCACGGCUUGACACAUCAAGGUACUGGACGGACGUUUGGUGCGUGUGUGGGCCUCCUGGUGAAAAGUGCUGAGGUCGCACUUAUGCUGAAGCCCGUGCCUACAGCUGAUGCAGACGGCAGCCUUCUGGGUUCUGAUCUCUCGCCGUCUGGGAGCAGAGCCACGCUGGAAGUUGGCAGUGAGGCAGGAGACAGCACGGCAGGCACAGCCAAACACACCUGUCCUGUUGAACAGCUGCUGUGUGUAGACACAGAGAUACAGAGCCAGAGUGCUCCACCUCUCCUGCCUCUUUCAGCAUCCUCCCAAACUGAGAAGAAAGGUUCUGUUGAGGAGAAAAAUGCAUGGUCAGGCCCAGAGAGUGAGGCUUCACUGGGCAGGACUGUGGCAGUGGACUCCAUGGGCGAGCCAAUGUCUAGGGACUGGAAUGACAAGAUCCAGGGAGCUAGACUACCUCAGUCUAUGUCCAGUGGGCGCCUGAUGAGGGAUCGAUCGCAGUCGAACUUCUCUGUGGGAUAUAAGAACAUGAAGAGUCCUUCACUGCAGUCUCUGGACAACAUCUCCCUAGACAGCUCCUUACUGGAAGACUACGAUUCGUACAGCAUGCUGGAGAGAGACGAUGUGUCUAUCUCUGGGUUUAAAGUCACUAUGAGUGAUCUGAACACUGCUGAGCGGGCCACUGAGGUGAUGGUGCAGGAUGGAGAAGAUGGCCAGUCACCCGAAGCAGUCAGUGCCACCUCACAGAGUACUGACGAGCGCGCCAAAGAUCUGGUGUCGGUGCUGGUCCUGAAGGUGCACUCAGUGUGUGCCUCCCUGAACAUGAGAAGUGAUAACACUACUCUAGCUCUGGAGGUGGGGCAGGUCCGCACCAAUCAGCUCGGCAAUGUCAGUCUACGCCAGUAUCUUAGCAACCACAGUCUCGUUGUCCAACAUUAGGAACUGAGGAGGUCGGUCACCAAGGACACAGUGGGCGUGUUUGAGACCAGGGAGAUGGGGCACAUUCGGCCCACUGGGGACGACUGGUCCAUUCGAGUUGAUUGCUGCUACAGUAUAACCUCAAGAUCCUUCUCAUUUCUUGAUUGAGCUUUCCACCCUGGCUGUUAGAAGGGUUGGAGAGGCGAGGACGGACAGAUAUUAAAGUUUAGUGGUUGAGAACGUGUGGACGACUCUAUCUGACACAAUGUUUCUGGCAAGGCCGUAGUAUGGGACGACCUCGCUGAACAUGACUUCAUGGCAGUAAAGAGCUUAGGCAGAGAGAUUGGAUGAACGGAUUAGAGAAACGAUCAGGAAAGACAAGAAUGGUUGCGUUACCUCUAAAGAUCCUUGAUGAAGUCGAGGGAGAUGUGUGACCAAGGACAACGUACCCUACUGCUCAAAAGCUUAGGGUCGCUUAGACAGGCAUUUUUUUUUCCCCAAUUAAAACAACAUUAAAUUGAUCAAAAAUACAGUCUAGACUUUAUUAAUGUUGUAACUGACUAUUAUAGCUGGAAAGAAUGAUUUUUAAUGGAAUAUCUCCAUGUGUAGGUGUAAAGAAGGUUAUUUUCAGCAGCCAUCACUCCUGUGUUCCAGUAGCACGUCCUGAUGGCUAAUUCAGGUUCAUCACGUUAAAAGGCUAAUGGAUUGAUCAUUACUAAACCCUUUUAUAUUACGUUAGCACAGCUGAAAACCAUCGUGCUGAUCGAGGAUGCAUAAAAAAAAAGGCCGUCUUCUGAAACGCAUCAUUCUUUCCUUGUUUUAAGAAAGGAACGCUAUUCCAUGAGACAAACUGCCAAGAAACUGAGAACGUCAUACAACGGUGUGUAUUACACUCUUCAAAGUGCAGCACGGAGCCGGCUCUAACGUGGAUGGAAAGAGAAGUGGGAGGCCCCGCUGCACAACUGAGCAAGAGGACGAGUACAUCGGAGUCUAGUUUGAGAGACGGACGUCUCGCGGGUUCUCGGCUGGCAGCUUCAUUGAUUGGAACCAGCAAAACACCAGUCUCAACGGCAGCGGUCAAGCUGAGACUCCGCGACGCUGCGACUCCACGAUGCUGCGCCUUCUAGGCGGAGUUGCAAAGAAAAAGCCAUAUCUGAAACUGGCCAAUAGAAGGAGGAGAUUAAAUGGGCCGAAGAACACACACAUCGGAGUGUUCUGGACAGACGAAUCUAAGUUUGAGGUGUUCGGAACACCUGUGAGACGCUGGAGAAAAAUGAAAAUGUGCUGGAGGAGUUCUUGGGGCCAAGCAUGGUGGAGGAAAGGUGAUGGUCUGGGGUGCUUUCGUGGUGUCAACGUGGGAGAUUUGAACAUGUUAAAAGGGAUCUUGAACAAGGAAGACCAUCACUACUACUCUGGGUAGUACGAUGCAGGACUGAGGAAGUAUGGUCUUGUCUACAGGUCCUUUGUGAAAUCAGGACCGAGCGUUGGCGUUCCGGUUCUUAGAUCCAGGUUUGUAGGUGAGGAUGAACUUGAAUCUGUUGAAGGACAAUGCCCAGCAGGUGACGCGGGUUUAAUCAUCUUUUCCGGGUUUAAUCAUCUAGUCUCUUCUCCUCCAGUGCCAGUGAUUUGCUGUCCAGGGGUUCUCUCUUCCACACUUCAUAGUGUUCACCUUGAGUUAGUUUUCUGAAGUAGAAUAGGAGCAGUGCUUUCUCGGUGUCAUGGAAUCGCUCCACUUCAGAUGCAUCUCCAUGUAUUACAGAAGGUAGCGCUGGGUUGCUGUUUCGUUCCAUUUGAGAGAGUUCACGGUUCCUUGCAAGAGGAAGCUAAAUCCUCUUCUAAAUCUCUGAUAGAAAUUGGCAAAGCCCAGGAAUCUUUCUAUCUCCCUCCGGUACGUGGUUGCAAACAGAAUCUCAUAGCCUCCGCUUCCCUCUCCGUUCUCUUGUUCAUCCAGAAUAUAAGACAGAAAUUUUAUACGAGGCUGGUGGAACCAAGCUAUCCAGGGCCCCCCCCCAACAGUACUUGACGGAUGUGUUGGGCUUGCUGGUGAAGCUCAAAAUGUCAUCUAUGAACACCGAGUGGUUCAGGAAUUAUUACAGGGCCUCCUUCACAAACGCUAACACGCAUUCACCAGACCAAAGACUUUUAAGAGUUAAUCUUCAUGGUAUUCCAGACAUAGUUAUGGGGGGGAAAAAACAGUCUUCCGUACACCUUCACAAAUGUGUAUAAGAUUGUAUGCACUCUGCGAGUCUAAAUGUGCUUCGCGCAUACGUAGGCCUUGGCGAAGUUUGUGGAAUGUUCGCGCAUACUCCUCCGCCAGCUGUGUUUUCAUGUUUUAGGGAGAGCUCUAUGGGUCAAAAAUGUCUCCAAAAUCCUUUUUCGAAAUUGUGCUACAGCAGUGUUUGAGAUAGUGGACACACACACACACACACACACACACACACACACACACUUUUAUAGUGAAAUACUGCCUCCUCUGCUAAUCUAAUCCUGUAGCAUUAUCUGGUUUCUCUGAACUGAUUCUCCUCCAAGCUCCGGUUUCUCUCCGUGUCCAAACUGUCUCUUUGAUUGAGUGGAACAUGACACGCUGGUAGCAUUAUGUAUUAAAGUAGCAUUAAAGUAUGACCACUUUAGGGAAUGAGAUGUUUUGUUACUAAUAGCGGUAAGAUCAGUAAUUUGGGAGGGGGGGGGGCCUUUCUGCGACUCGCAUUCUGCGACUCGCAAUGCCAUAUACCUGUCUACAAACCAGCAAUUAUUAUUUUAUCUCAGAAAGCUGCCAGUGUAUCAACACCCCUGAUUUCACAUUACCCUGACUUGUCGUUGAGUUGACAAGCUGAGUGAUUCGUGUGUGUGUGUGUGUGUGUGUGUGUGUGUUUUACUGUGGAUUUGGCUGCUAGUACAAAAGAAUUGUGUGCUCGGUUUGUUGAACAGUGUGCUGAUGGAAAGAGAGGACCUGAAGAUGGGUGAAUUUCACGUAUAUUGGGAUAACAGAUAAAUCGGGACAUUUUAAAAAAGAAAAACUCGGCAACUAUUCAUUUCCUGGCCUGAUAAGUGAAAGUUCAAGCUUGUGUCAUUGAGCUCUUGCAGUGGAAACUGCUUGAUAGAAUGAACAUGAUUUUAAUGCAUGUGAUGUGAGAUAUGGAUGUGGUCAUCAUCAAACAGGAAGUGGACUGCAGAAAGCUUGAGGCGGGAAAAAAUGACAUCCUUUACUGGUUUUUUCAUAAGGGUAUAAAAAUAACACGUACUACUGUAAAAAAAAAAUUAAUAAAUAAAUAAAUAAAAGUCUUGCACUUAAUAGGGCUAUAUAUUCCGUAAAAUAUCAUAAAAACAGAUGAAUUAAACAGAUUUAAAAAACUUUCUGUUAACCCUUCUUUUAAAUUUCUAAUUUCAGAGCCUCUGUUAAUGGUAUUAAUUGAUAUAGACAAUUAAUUAUUCUUGAUAAUACGUACGUUGAAGGGAAAAAAAAAUCUUUCAUGGCCGUUAAAAGAUGUGGCUCGGACAGAAUUUGACUUCAUCUGUUCAUUUUUAGACGUUUUUUAGAAAAGAAUCCAGAAACUAUUGAAGAUUCAGUUGUUGUUGUAAGAAACGAAUCGUCGGACGGUACUUUAAAGCAACAGCUUCACGUGUCGUUAGAACGCGCUGAAUGUUUUUAAGUCCUUUCUGUUAUUGAACUGAACUGCUACACAUUGAUAACGUUGUAAAAGUGUUAUUGAGGAUCAAAGUAAAGACGUAAAACGUGUAACGGCAGGUUUCUCAAAUCCCCCAGCGUGAAAUGUUUCCUUUACACAUAGAUCGUGAAGAUGUUAAGUAGUUUCAGAAAUGGACCGUGUCGUAGACGAGGUGGAAAUUCAGAAACUGUCCCGAUAUAUCUGAAUACGCGCAGUGGGAAGACUUUGAUAUGCAGUAGAUGAUUCACCUUCACUUAUCCACUCGUCUUUGUCUGCUCCUUCGUGCUGUAAUGCUUGAAUUGAAGGUCUUGUACUCUUGAUUGUUAAUGACAAGCUUUUAAAUUGUGUGUGUGUGUGCGAGGCUCAGCCUCAGACCAGGAGCCCCGCAGUAAGCAGCUGGAUCCAGAGGUCCGAGUCCGGCUGGA